CUCACCUUAGUUGUGUACUUCCUCCUCAGACACAUCACCCAGGACUUCUCAGACCCCAAAACCUCUUACUGACCCCCAUUUGGGUCUUCUGCCUUACCGUCUCUUCUCAUGACAGGGUUUCUGUUCUUGUCUUCUGCCCCAAACUGCUCUUAGAACCAUGUCUCUCUGCCUGCAAGUGGUCAGUCCUGUCUUUUUCUGGAUCUCCAUCACCCCGUUUUCCCACAGGUGAUGUGUUGACAGCAAUGCUAUCUGGCCGGUGGUGGCCGAGCACCUGGGGACACCUGGGGCUAGGGUCCCGAAGCCCUUCUCGGGGGUCCCAGCUCUGUGCCCUCUAUGCCUUCACUUACACGGGGGCAGAUGGCCGGCAGGUGUCUUUGACUGAAGGAGACAGGUUCCUACUGCUUCGAAAGACCAACUCAGACUGGUGGUUGGCAAGGCGCCUGGGAGCACCAUCCACCUCUCGCCCUGUCUUUGUCCCAGCUGCCUACAUGAUAGAGGAAUCUAGCCUCUCCCACAGCCCAACGACCAUCACCCCCAGCCGAUCUCUCUGGACUCCUGGGCCAAAGUUAUUUCCUGGCUCCCUGGAGGAGAUGAACCUGUGUCAGGAACCCCCAGGCAGAGCCCAGGCUACAUGGGAGCAGCCUCCUCCCCUUCCCCCUAAAAUGUGUAGAAGUGUCAGUGUGACCAACUUGAGGCCCGGCCUCCUGAAGCCCUCCCAGGAAGGACCAAGCGGAAGAUCCCUUUCCCAGGAAGACUUGCUGACAGAGACCGAUGCCGACAUGAGGCUGGACGCCUGGGAACAGCACUUGGACCCCAACUCUGGACGCUGCUUCUACGUAAAUUCGCUGACUGGCUGUAAAUCCUGGAAGCCCCCACGCCACACUCGAACCCGAGAGACGAACCCCGGCUCCAUGGAGGGGACACAGACCUUGAAUACGGACAGUGGUAUCCUGCAACGUCAGCCAAAGGACGUAGAAUCUGGUCCCAAGACAUCAGAACUUUUCGACUCCCAGGGUUCACCCUACCUCUGCAGACGCACCUCCCAGCUGGACCCCAACAAGCCUUCAUCUUUGCAGUGCCCUCGGCCUCUGCCAACAGUCCUAGAUGACCCCCACGAGGUGGAAAAGUCGGGCCUGCUCAAUAUGACCAAGAUCGCCCAGGGCGGGCGCAAGCUCCGGAAGAACUGGGGCCCCUCUUGGGUGGUAUUAGCGGGUAACAGCCUGGUGUUCUACCGGGAACAGCCGCCGACCGCCCCCUCCACGGCCUGGGGACCAGCGGGUAGCCGGCCCGAAAGCAGCGUGGACCUGCGGGGGGCGGCCCUGGCGCACGGCCGCCACCUGUCCAGCCGACGCCACGUGCUGCACAUCCGCACGGUCCCGGGCCACGAGUUCCUGCUGCAGUCUGACCAGGAGGCUGAGCUGCGGGCCUGGCACAGCGCGCUGCGGGCGGUCAUCGAGCGCCUGGAUCGGGAGAACCCCCUGGAGGGGCGUCUGUCCGGCUCGGGACCUGCGGAACUGGAGGAGCUGAGCCCCGGGGAGGAUGAGGAAGAGGAGUUGGAACCAGUGUCCAAGUCUCUGCUGCGGAUCAGCAGCCGCCGGAGCUCCAGUCGGUGUCCCGACGCAGCAGAGCAGAACCGCGUGCGGAACAAACUAAAGCGGCUGAUCGCCAAGAGGCCGCCCUUGCAAACCCUGCAAGAGCGGGGUCUGCUCCGAGACCAGGUGUUCGGCUGCCAGUUGGAGUCUCUGUGCCAGCGGGAGGGGGACACCGUGCCCGGCUUUGUGCGGCUCUGCGUUGCUGCCGUGGACAAGCGAGGUCUGGAUGUGGAUGGCAUUUACCGGGUGAGCGGGAACUUGGCAGUGGUCCAGAAGCUUCGCUUCUUGGUGGACAGAGAGCGGGCCAUCACUUCCGACGGGAGAUACAUGUUUCCGGAACAGCCAGGACAAGAAGGCCGAUUAGAUUUGGACAGUGCCGAAUGGGAUGACAUUCAUGUGAUCACGGGAGCCCUGAAACUUUUUCUUAGGGAGCUACCCCAGCCUCUGGUGCCCUCACUACUGCUGCCCGAUUUUCGUGCUGCCAUUGCCCUCACUGAAUCAGAACAGUGCCUCUCUCAAAUACAAGAAUUAAUAAGCUCAAUGCCAAAGCCCAACCGUGACACUCUGCGGUACCUCCUGGAGCAUUUAUGCAGGGUGAUAGCACACUCAGACAAGAACCGCAUGACCCCCCACAACCUGGGAAUUGUGUUUGGACCAACCCUGUUUCGGCCGGAGCAGGACGCAUCGGAUCCAGUGGCCCAUGUCCUCUACCCUGGGCAGGUCGUCCAGCUGAUGCUCACCAACUUCACCAGACUCUUCCCCUGACUGGGGCGAAGAAGAGAAAAUGUAUUUCCAGUGAUCUCUGUUGGGUAGCCUUUGGUGGGGGCAAGGGUGGGGGGUGUUCUGUUUUGAGGACAUCCCUUUAAAUCCUGUUUCCCAGAUGACCGUCUCCACCUUUGUGAGUCUGACCUGGGGGGCUGGGAUAGGAUGAGGAAACUUCUCUAAAGAGGAAGGUGGCUGGAUUAGCCCCUGCUUCUCUAGUUCCUGGUCACCACCCCUCCCCCAAGAUAGUCACAUUAUAAAGCAGGGCUUUUUCUGA